GCCGGCGCUUCGGUCUGCGGCAGGCGGGCGAUCAUGGCGCUGAGCAAUUUCCUCUUCGCCCAGUGCAUCUGCUACUUCCUCGCCUUCCUUUUCAGCUUCAUCGUGGUGGUGCCGCUAUCGGAGAACAGCAACGACUUCCACGGCCGCUGCCUGCUCUUCACCGAGGGCAUGUGGCUCAACGCCAACCUGACGGCCGAGCGGCAGCGCUUCACCGUUCAGGAGUGGGGACCCGAGUCCGCCUGCCGGUUCAGCCUCUUCGCCGGCCUCCUCUCCCUUCUUCUCGCCGCAGUGCAGGCCUGGAGGACCCUCUUUUUCCUUUGCAAAGGCCACGAGGACUCUUUCUUUUAUGCAUUCCUGAAUCUUCUGAUUAGCUCCUUCGUGGUUUUUGUCAUCUUUAUUGCCAGCACUAUUGUGACUGUUGGGUUUAACAUGUGGUGUGAUGCUAUUACUGAAAAAGGAAGCAUGCCAAAUAGUUGUGAAGAAUUACAAGAUAUAGAUCUUGAAUUGAAUUUAGAAAACUCAUCAUUCUAUGACCAGUUUGCCAUCACACAGUUUGGCCUCUGGGCUGCCUGGCUGACUUGGUUAGGAAUUACAAUAUUGGCCUUUUUGAAGGUUUAUCAUAAUUAUCGGCAGGAGGACCUCUUGGAUAGCCUGAUUCAUGAGAAGGAAUUUUUGUUGGGACGAUCUUCAUCACAAACUUCUUUUCAGGAAGAAAAAAGUGGCAUAAUCUAAUAUCUAAUAAGCCUCACUGCAUAGCAGAUUGUAGGUUGUGUAUUAUGGGUCUUAGCUGGAGGUAAAGAUAGAAAUUGAAUUGGCAUGCCUAGAAAACCUUUAAGGGAAAAAAAUGGAAUCUGGAAUUUAGCAUUCUGUUAAAUAGAUAUUGUCCAUAGAAUAUCCCUGUUAAAAUAUAACUAUAGCUCUCACAGUUACCUGAAUCACAAUUUAUGAUUCCUUUAAUUGUUCAGCGCUUUGUGAUUUUCAACUAUGUGUGCAACUUCUUUCUAUUGAAUAACCUGUGAUAUCACAUUAAUUUCUCAGGAUUAAUUUAGGAAAACCAAUUCACACGGACAAAACAUGAUAUGAAGCUGCAAGUAGACAUGUCAUAUAUGCUUGAACUAAAUUUUGGACUGCCACUGUGUGGAUUUGUUUACUUACCUAAAAAUGCCAUUUCUGUGAGUUUUUUUAGAUGUUUGAAGACAUAAUUUUGAUCCAUCUGCUUAACUGAACUCCACGUCCUAUCAGAAAUGAUGUUCUGCAUGAUAUGAGCAAUCCACAUUGAUAUCUAACCAUGUAUUUAUCCAAAUGAUGUGACUUUUCCUCUCAAAGUAGGGUGGAAAUGGAAUGAUUGGGUAUUUAUUAAAUAUAAUGUCAAAAGGGGGGAUUUAAUGUUUCCAUGAUAUAGAUAAAAUCCAUGGAAUAGAUAAAUCCAUGGAAACUUACACACUCAUGUUAAGUAUAUACCUCAGUAGGAGUUGGCCAUAUAGCUUGGACAAAAUUAUUUGUGGCCACUGGUGCUUUCUCUCUCUCUCUCCAUAAUUUCAAUGAAUAAGCCUUAGAUGUUGUCUUUUGGCUUCUAUGACAAAAUCAGAAAAACAAGAUAAAUGAACACUUAUUUUUUUAAUACAGCUAUGUGCCAAACCAUAUAUAUCUGAUGCAUGUGGAGCGGGUGUGGGGAGCUUUUGCUGAUGUAGUCUGAAACCACAAUUUAUAUGAUUUAGCUUCCAUCAAUUGACACCACAAUUAUGUGAACAAUAGCAAUUGUGGUUCAGUAUUGAAAGUAUGGCACUUAAUGAUUUUAGCCCAUUAAGUAUGGCAUUUAAUGAUAUUAGUGUUCCAAUUGUGCAUUGGAACACUGAAACUAUUCAAGCAUACUAUUAGCUGCUUAUCAUGUGACUCAACAGUUCUAGUCUACAGAUAAUAUUAUCUUGAUUAUUUAAGGAUAAACUGAAAAUAUUUCAGAAUCAGCAUCUAAAAAUGUGGUGCUGAAGAUUUGCCAGUUAAUUUGUUACACUUAUUUGUUUACACUUAUUUAUUAUUUAAUGCAACAUUUCCAAUGCUUCUGGAUCUGCAGCAGCAAUUGUUUGUGCGAAAUUGCAAAUUUGAAUUUUACUUUUUUUUAGUUUCAAGUUUCAUUUUGAAAAGUUGACAAACAAUGGCCUGCUGAUACAUGUUCUUAUAUUAUUAUAAUGAGGUAGACGACUUGCUGUAAGGAAUAAUCCUAGUAUAUUCUCCAGCUCUCCUCAAGGAAUUGCAGACUGCACUCUUGCUUAACUUUAACUUUGAGGUUGGCACGUGAAAGAUAUUAUUAUUGCUUAGUAAAAUACAGUGACAAUAUAUAUAGGAUAUUUGACAACAUCUCUUGUAAGCAAUUAAUAUAUCUUGCUUGCUUCUUCAUAUAUGGAACUAGCAUUUAUGCUAUAAAAUGUUAAUUAUAUAUUCCACUGUACUAGCGUUCAUUUUUGAUGUUGCUAUCUUAAAUCUCUGUGUGUAAUAUACAGUAUGGAAUGCAACUACCCAAAUCUAUAAAAUAAGCAUUUAAAUUGUUGGGCAGUUGCUUCCUGGUUGAAUUAGAAGAAUUUAUUUUAAUUAAACUAUUGUGGUGGCAAUCGAGAGCAUCCGCUUUUCAGAAAUUGAUGGAACUAAUAUAGAUCUUUUUCCACACCAUUUUCAAAACUUGUACAGGCAUAAAAGUGUUCGUGUUAGUGUUAUAUUUUGCAGUAUAAACCCUGACUGAGUUAUCCUUCUAAUAUAAUUUGAAAAGUAAAUUGUGCCCUUGAAAGGGAUCCUAUGGUAGCAAAAUUUACAUGGAAUUUAAAAGCAGGAAGCUAAGAAAAUAAUACUAUAACUUGAAGUGAAUUAUAAUUUUACAUAAAAGUUAGGUGCAAUUCUUACCUUUGUUCCAAGAGGAAAAACAAUUUAGUCUGCAUUAUCGAUGGAUACAGCUAUUUUUUUACAAAUAAGAAUCAAUUUGUGGAGUAAUUCAUCAGAUUAUUCUGGUAUGUCUUUGAAGUUACUUAUUUGAUAACCUGAAUGUCAGUCCCAAAGGUAUUUAUUUUAAAAAACCAAACAUUGUCAAUGGAGCUCUCUUCCAAGGAAUUAUAAGUAGGGUUUUAACUACUUAGUUCCAAAACUUUAAUGAGAGUAAGAAUAAAAUAAACCUGCAUUUUUCCCUACACCUUUAAUAAAUGUAGUCUUACACAGUGAUGCUUUCAUUAUUUACUAGCUGAUAACCUGGCAUUGCCCAGGUAUUUAUUUAUAGAGGGGAAAUGUCCCG